AUGUCCUCUAAUCUUUAUAAAAGUCCUUCUAUGGCCAAUGCCAAUAUUUACAAAUCACCUUCUGUAUCAGCUUUUGCUGGAGGUGCUGCUGCUUUUGGAAAUCUUUCUGUUGCUGAUCUCGGAUCUUUAACUAGACUUGAGGACAAGAUCCGUCUUCUUCAAGAAGAUCUUGAAUCUGAAAGAGAACUUCGUAAUAGAAUUGAGAGAGAACGUGCUGAUCUUUCUGUCCAACUUAUUGCUUUAACUGACCGUCUUGAAGAUGCUGAAGGAACAACCGACUCACAAAUCGAAUCCAACCGCAAGCGAGAAGCUGAAUUAUCAAAACUUCGUAAACUUCUCGAAGAAUCACAAAUCGAAUCUGAAGAUGCUAUUAAUUGCCUUCGUAAGAAACACCAAGACAGUCUUCUUGACUAUCAAGAUCAAAUUGAACAAUUACAAAAGAAAAAUAGUAAAAUUGAUCGUGAAAGACAACGUCUUCAACAUGAAGUUAUUGAACUUACUUCUACUAUUGAUCAAGUUCAAAAAGAUAAGCAUAUUGCUGAAAAAGCUGCCGAACGUUUUGAAGCACAAGCUAACGAUCUUAGCAACAAAGUUGAAGAUUUGAAUAAACAUGUUAAUGAUCUUGCUAAUCAACGUCAAAGGCUUCAAGCUGAAAAUAAUGAUUUAUUAAAGGAAGUUCAUGAUCAAAAAGUUCAACUUGAUAAUCUUCAACAUGUUAAAUACCAACUUGCUCAACAACUUGAAGAAGCUAGACGUCGUCUUGAAGAUGCUGAACGUGAACGUUCACAAAUGCAAGCUCAACUUCAUCAAGUACAACUUGAACUUGAUGCUGUACGUACAGCUCUUGAUGAAGAAUCAAGUGCCAGAACUGAAGCUGAACACAAACUUUCUCUUGCCAAUACUGAAAUCACACAAUGGAAAAGCAAAUUUGAUGCUGAAGUUGCUCUUCAUCAUGAAGAAGUUGAAGAUCUCCGUAAAAAGAUGCUUCAAAAACAAGCUGAAUAUGAAGAACAAAUUGAACUUAUGCUUCAAAAGAUUUCUCAAUUAGAAAAGGCCAAGAGUAGACUCCAAUCUGAAGUUGAAGUUUUGAUUGUCGAUUUAGAAAAGGCACAAAAUACUAUUGCUAUUUUGGAACGUGCUAAAGAACAACUUGAAAGAACUGUUAACGAACUUAAGAUACGUAUUGAUGAACUUAGUGCUGAACUUGAAGCAGCUCAACGUGAACUUCGUGCAUGCCAAGCUGAACUUCAAAAAAUGAAACACCUUUACGAAAAAGCCGUCGAACAAAAAGAAGCCCUUGCUCGUGAAAACAAAAAACUUCAUGAUGAUCUUCAUGAAGCUAAGGAAGCUCUUGCCGAUGCUAACAGAAAACUUCACGAACUUGAUCUUGAAAACGCUAGACUUGCUGGAGAAAUUCGUGAACUUCAAACAGCUCUUAAAGAAUCAGAUGCUGCUAGACGUGAUGCUGAAUCCCGUGCUCAACGUCUUCAAGCUGAACUUCAACAACUUAGAAUUGAAAUGGAAAGAAGACUUCAAGAAAAAGAAGAAGAAAUGGAAUCUCUUCGUAAGAAUCUUCAAUUUGAGAUUGAUAGACUUGCCGCUGCCCUUGCUGAUGCUGAAGCUAGAAUGAAGGCAGAAAUUUCAAGACUCAAGAAGAAAUACCAAGCUGAAAUUGCUGAACUUGAAAUGACUGUUGAUAAUCUUAAUCGUGCUAAUAUUGAAGCUCAAAAAACAAUUAAAAAACAAUCAGAACAACUUAAAGUUCUCCAAGCUAAUUUGGAAGAUUCUCAAAGACAACUCCAACAAACAUUGGAUGCCUAUGCUCUUGCUCAACGUAAAAUUUCUACUCUUUCUGCAGAACUUGAAGAAGUUAAGAACGCUUUGGAUAAUGCUAUCCGUGCUCGCAAGCAAGCUGAAAAUGAUCUUGAAGAAGCUAAUGGACGUAUCAAUGACCUUCAAUCUAUCAAUAAUAAUCUUACUGCUAUUAAAAAUAAACUUGAAACUGAACUUUCCACUGCACAAGCUGAUCUUGAUGAAGCUACUAAAGAACUUCAUGCCGCUGAUGAGCGUUGCUCUAGAGCUCUUGCUGAUGCAGCACGUGCCCUUGAACAACUCCAUGAGGAACAAGAACAUUCUAUGAAGAUUGAUGCUUUAAGAAAAUCAUUAGAAGAACAAGUUAAACAACUCCAAGUACAAAUUCAAGAAGCUGAAGCUGCUGCUUUAUUAGGAGGAAAGAGAGUUAUUGCUAAAUUAGAAACUAGAAUUAGAGAUUUGGAAACUGCUUUAGAUGAAGAAACUAGAAGACAUAAAGAAACUCAAAAUGCUCUUAGAAAGAAAGACAGAAGAAUUAAAGAGGUUCAAAUGCAAGUUGAUGAAGAACACAAAAACUUUGUUAUGGCACAAGAUACUGCAGACAGACUUCUUGAAAAACUUAAUAUCCAAAAGAGACAACUUGGAGAAGCAGAAUCAAUAACAAUGCAAAAUCUUCAACGUGUUCGUAGAUACCAACGUGAACUUGAAGAUGCUGAAGGACGUGCGGAUCAAGCUGAAUCUUCAUUACAUCUUCUUCGUGCUAAAUCACGUACUACAGUAGUUGGAGGAAAGGCAAACGCCUCAAAAGUUUACGUUCUUGAAGAUGAUUUUUAA